ACCACAAUAGUCGCGAACUGUAUUUGCUCAAAACACAUCAGUCUCUUGCAAAUAAAGCCUGUAAAGAACUCCUCGGAAAAUGUGGACUUUUAUGUGCGUGGCAACGAUAAUUCCUUUAUUUUUAUAUUAUUUCUUGGCUGGAACGUUUAGACACAAGAAAAUAAAUAAGAUUCCCGGCCCUAAAGGAAUAGCUAUCAUGGGAAACGCGUUUGAUUUUUUGAUGACACCCGAGUCAGUAUUUACUUAUUUUAGAUAUAUGUCAAAUAAAUAUAAGGAUAUGUUUGAAAUAAAGAUGGUAAAUCAGCGACUUUUAAUAUUGAUUCAUCCAAUGCAUGUAGAGACCCUGAUGAAUAGUACUCAGUAUAAUCAUAAGGGUUACCUUUAUAAGUUUCUUCGACCAUGGCUUCAAGAUGGACUUCUAUUGAGCAGUGGUAAAAAAUGGCAUCAACGUAGGAAAAUACUAACCCCAGCAUUUCACUUCAAAAUUCUAUGUCAUUUUAACUCUGUGUUAGUCGAGAAAAGUGAAAAAUUGGUAGAAAAUUUGCAGUCGGAAAUAAACUGUUCAAGAACAAAUAUUUAUUCUUUUAUUUCAGAUUUUACAAUAAAUUCUAUAUGCGAGACGGCAAUGGGAACUGUUCUUGAUGAAGAAUCGUCAACUGGUAGCAAGAGUUACAAAAACGCGAUACACGCUCUGGGAACUCAUCUACUUUAUAGGAGCACAAGAAUAUGGUUAUAUCCAGACUCAGUUUUUAAUUUGAGUCCGGUCGGGCGAGCUCAAAAGAGAACAUUGGAUUUGAUCACAUCAUUUCGUGAUUGUGUCAUAGAGCAACGAAGGCAAAAUGGUAAUUUCAACGACUUGUACACAAACACGAUGAAUGAAAAUGAUGAUGAUCUUUUAGUAAAUGAUAAAAAACGUCUGGCGAUGUUGGAUAUUCUUUUGAAUGCAGAGCAGCAAGGAAUUAUGGAUUUUGAGGGCAUCAACGAAGAAGUGGACACGUUUAUGUUCGAGGGUCAUGAUACAACUGCAACUGCUCUUCAAUUUGCUUUUAUGUUACUAGCUAAUCAUCCAGAUGAUCAGGACAAGAUAGUAGAGGAGUAUUCCAAUCUUCUUGGCUCAUCCAAUCGAAGGCCUACAUUGAAUGAUCUAUCACAAAUGAAAUAUUUAGAAGCUUGCAUAAAGGAAUCAUUGAGACUCUAUCCCCCAGUGCAUUUCAUUGAAAGGAAAAGCAAAAGUCCACUCAAAUUAAGAGAUAACGAAAGCUUGUCUUACACGGAGUUUACAAUUUUGAUUUUUGACUUGCAUAGACGCUCAGAUCAAUUCGUGGAGCCUUUAGAAUUCCGCCCUGAAAGAUUUUUGAAGGAACCAACUUGGCACCCAUUUUCCUAUAUACCAUUUAGUGCUGGGCCAAGAAACUGCAUAGGACAAAAAUUUGCCAUGAUGGAAAUGAAGUUGGCAAUAUCCGCAGUUCUGUCUAAGUAUCGCGUGCUGCCCGUCACCAAGCCACAGGAUAUCGUGUUUACAGUCGACAUCGUUCUACGUACAAAGGAUCCUAUUUUUGUAAAAUUUGAAAAGCGAUAAUAAUAAUUAAUCAAUCAU